UUUAUGCUCAAUUAUUUAAUUUGUGGUUUUAAGCAAUGGAAACAUGUGGUUAUAUUUAUGUUAGCACAGAUUAUGAGAAUUUUAUCGUACGGUGUUCAAGUUGUCCCACUGAUGUGCAGAUUGCGCACUGGCAGGAAUUUGUACUGCACUUUCGCAAUACGCACGCCACCAUAGAGGAGAAAAAACUUCGCCAGGACUUUGCGUGGUCUGAUGACGAUUCUCUAAUCCUGAAUAAAAACUUGCAAACUACUGUAGAGGUUCCUCUUGAUGAAGAUAGCAUUCAGGAAGAGUUUCUUAAUGACUGCAUAAAAGAGGAGCCACAGUCACCCAAAUGUACACAGGAUGCAAAAGUCGGAACUCAACUUAAGCUAGACAGGAACACAGAGACUUCUUCAUCGGAUUCUGGUGCAAGUGAUAAUGAUGACACAGAUAUGGAAGAUAAGCCAGAGAUGUGUGAAGACGAUGAAGAUAUUAGUGAUGUUGCUGCACCGUCUCAUAGGUUUAAUCCUUCUUUUUUUCGGCGGGAUCCACGUACUUCAACGUUUAUUGAGCUAUAUCGAAGUCAGCCUUGUCUCUGGGAUCCUAGCCACAACAAAUAUAAUGAUCCAAGUGCAGCUGCGGUCGCUCAUCAGGAACUUAUAAAAGGUUUGGAGACUAAGAUACAGGUUGUCUUUAACGAGCAGUCAGUGAAAGCCGCUAUUAAAAGGAUGCAAAUGCAGUAUGACACUGUUGAAAAACGUGUGAAAAAUGGGACUCUAAAAAAAAACUCCGUCGCUUUUACUCAUUAUACAGCUUGUAGAUUUCUGAAAGUUCUGAAGCCAAAAAGAAAUACCUACAGUAAUGAAAAAAUUCAGUUGGAUUUCACAAAAGUAAAUAAUAUCACCACUGCCCUAAUUAAAUUAUACUCAAACUUUCCCCAGCUAUACGAUCCACAACACAAGAUGUUUUCUAAUAUGGAUUCUCGUAGACAGGCAUAUGAAGCAUUGGCUGUUGAAAUUUCAUUACCCGAUGUUAGUAACGAUGAUAUUUUCCGCGCCAUUCAAAUUCUCCGUCAGUGGUACUACAAAAGCGUUAAGCGAUCCACUAGCCUUAAUGCCGUCGAACAGCAUUAUCUUCAAAGUUGCAGUUUUUUGCCCCCCAAUAUGUUAAAGCAGAAGCUGACAUGUGAAAUUUGUCACAAGAUUAGUUUUUCGGAUCAUGUACUCCAGAUUCAUCUUCAUAAGGUUCAUAAUAUUGGGGAAUUGCCAUUCAAGUGUACGUUAUGCGAACGUAGUUUUAUUGGACGCGGCGAACUGAGCACCCACUCUCAACGGGUUCACAUAGGCAAGUCCCACAAAUGUAGCUAUUGCGAUCGAACGUUUGCGGUACCUUCUGACCUGCGCCUACAUAUUCGUACCCACACUGGUCAUAAACCCUAUGUCUGUGAUCAGUGCGGAAAGGCAUUUAGACUGAGAUCACAACUUAAGCAACAUGUUACCGAAAUACACACUAAAAUCAGAGCUUUUAAAUGCACAAUGUGUCCAAAGGAUUUUGUAAGGAAGGUGCAUUUGUCGGACCACAUAAAAAGUCAUUUGAAUAUCAGAGAUAAAAUAUGUUCGACCUGCGGUAAGGGCUUUACGAGUUGCCACUCCCUUAUCAGACACCGUCAAAUUCAUGCUGAGGUGAAGAAGUUUGCUUGCAAGAUGUGUGAUCUUAGAUUCUCUCAAUUUGUUGGCCUGAAUUCGCAUAUGAAACGAACACAUAACAUAGUACGAAGCAAUUUUGAGCAGAUGUUCUGUGGUAGCACAAAAAUGGAGGUGUGUGGCAAUAUAUGCAAUAGUAGCGAUUAUCAGCAGUUCUUUUUAAAAUGCAUAUAUUGUGCGGUAAAUUUGGAAAUGAAGGAAUGGAAGAAAUUUAUGAUGCAUGUUCAAUCGACUCACAACCUAAUAAUAUCCGAUAAUGAGGCAGACUCUGUGGAUGUUCCAAUGAAAGUUGAAAAUGACGAUAUAAUUGAAGAAACCGAGUAUAUGAUCCACCAUGAAGAAGGUUCUUUAGAAUCCUCCAAUUUAAGUACUGACGAUGGAAAUCAACAAUUUACUGACUCAAAUGAUUUUGAAAUCAACUCAGUAGAAACUCCAGCGUGCAGCAAAGGAGGAGGAAGCGAGAGUGGAGAUGACGAAAAAUCUCAGGAUAUUUUGGCCAAUUCAGAAUGCAGCUACAUUGACUCGGACGAAGAUAUAGUAGAGAAAGUCGAAUUCGCAGAGACCAAAGGCAUUGCAAUCGUGGAGAACGACGGUAAUGUAGAUGAAUCCCAAUCUUCUAACCUAGCAGAGCUUUGCGAACCAGUUAUAAAUUAUAAAUCUGUGAAUGUACCUCAAUACAGCUUGCAUAUAUCGUUCAAUCGGCGAAAUCCCCGCGCAUUUUACUUCAUAAAAAUGUACAAAAACUAUCCGUGUUUAUGGAACCCCAACGAUUUAGACUACAACAAUGAGAAAGCUCGGGGUCAAGCUCACAAAUCCUUGACAGACGAUAUGGAAAAAGAAGCGAAUUUAUUUCUUUCCGAAACAGAGUUAAAGAAAACCAUCCAGCAGUUACACCAACAAUACAUACUUGCAAAAAAAAAUUUUGAUAAAAACAAGCUCGUUGGAAUUCCAACUCUAUAUUACAACCGUUGUGAGUUUUUGAACGAAAGUGACAAUUCAUUGGAACAAGAAAGCAAACAGGAUCAAAUUGAAGAUAAGGAUGCAAUGCCAAUGAUAAACUUUAAAGUAACGAAUGACUUCACUUCCAUGUUUAUAAAAGAAUAUUCCAAUUUCCCUGAAAUAUGGGACCCUGAAGUGUCCGAUUAUUACUCAAUCGAGGCACGUAAAAAUGCAUACGAACAAAUGGCCAAAAAUCUACCUGGGUCUUUGAACGAAACUGAUGUGUAUAUGGGUAUUUUAAAGUUGCGCAAGUGGUUUUACUCAGCCAUUAAAAGUACAAAAGUGAGGACGAAAUUGGUAGUAUGUUGCACCAAAAUAGAGCUCAAUUACUUACAAUUAUGCAAUUUUCUACCGCCUAAAAUGGAAAAUGGUGUAUUUGAUUGUGACUAUUGCAACAAGCGUUUUUAUAUGGAUUACAAUUUACGUACACAUUUAUGCAAAGUUCAUAAUGUGGGUGAGCUACCAUUCAAAUGCUCGCAAUGCUCGGAUCGAUGCUUUGAACAUUUUUGCGAUUUGAGCAGACACCAGCUUAGACAACACAAAGAGAAAAAGCUCAAAUGUAAAUAUUGUGAUAGUUCGUUCGCAGUUGCCCAUGAUCUAAAGGUUCACAUUCGAGUACAUACUGGUGAAAAACCAUUUGUGUGUGAGCUUUGUGGGAAGGAGUUUCGACUGAAACUGUUGCUCGACUAUCAUAUAAAGGGCACCCAUUUCAACGAACGCCCGUUUAAAUGUGAUCUCUGCCCGAAGGACUUUAGAAAGAAAUUUGAAUUGAAUGAUCACAUGAACGGACAUUUGAAUAUUCGUAAUAAGGUGUGCCCCACAUGUGGAAAGAACUUUGUAUCCUACUCCUCACUCUCCAGACACCGCAGAUUACACCAAAAAAGAGACAUGAAUUCAUAAUUUUGUCAAUUUUUUUGUUUUAUAAAAACUUGGAAAUAUAAAUACAUAUUUUAUUCAAAAUCA